AUAUUGAACGAAUGACUGCUGGUCAUCAUGAUCCCUGCCCUCUGCCACGCCCCCUAACGCUUCCUGUCCGACUGCGUCAUUACGUCAGUCUGCAUCCGAACCGAGACCGAGUCGCAGCCAUUUUACUCCGCGAAAUAAACUUCACUCUCUCAGCUUGAGGGAAGGGAAGAAAAACAGCGAAAACACCGCGGACGCUUCCGCCGACUCCAAUGGAUAUGUGAAGCAGAGCUCGGACGUUUUCGGAUUUCAUGUCUUCCCAGUUCGAUUUGACUCCAUGGCUUAGCGUGACUCUGCACAGCAGCUAACCCAGACGUCUCUCUCCUCCGUCCCUUGCUGUCCUCUGCUACCGACGGUAGCAGCGAGACAUAACACAAAGGGACGGUCACCUAUACCCUUGUUGCUUGUGUGAAACCCUCCCCAACCCCUCUCCUGAGGCAGGAUGGAGCCCCAGGCUUACCACUUGCUUGGUGCAGAGGGGGAUUGUGGGGUGUUGAGUCUGCUGGUGCCCAGUCCACAGAGCGAGGCGGUGACCCACGAGAUGGAGGAGCUGUCGCUGCAACCCGCACCGAAUCUACCUUCUCUCAGCGAACGCAAAAAUGUCCUGCAGUUGAAGCUUCAGCAAAGGCGAACCCGGGAACAGCUGGUGGACCAGGGCAUUAUGCCGCCUCUCAAAAGCCCAGCAGCUUUCCAUGGGCAGAUUCGCAGCUUGGAGAGAGCCAGGACUGAGAAUUUCCUGAAGCACAAGAUCCGUAGUCGCCCAGAGAGAGCAGAGCUGAUCAGGAUGCACAUCCUACAGGAGACUGGAGCAGAGCCCUCACUCCAGGCCACGCAGAUGAAGCUGAAGAGGGCCCGGCUGGCCGACAACCUGAACGAAAAGAUCGCCCAGAGACCCGGCCCAAUGGAGCUGGUGGAAAAGAACAUCAUCCCAGUGGAUUCCAGCCUUAAACAAGCCAUCAUCGGCCAGGUGAAUUACCCUAAGGUAUUGGAUGAAGACAGUUGUGAAGCCCUGUCCCCGGAGCAGCCAGCCAGUCAAGAGUCUCAGAGUUCUGCACCUUCACCAGGAGAGAUCAAAGCCCCAGAGACGCCUUCUCCUGCUCCAGCACCACCACCAUCGCUCCCCAGCACCAUACUGCAGACCUUCCCAAUCUCUAAACAAGCAACUUCAAACAUUGUGCAAGUGAUUUCUGCCAAUGAGAUUCUGGCCAACCGCGCAACUGCUACCCCUGCUCCCUCGAAACCAGGCCCAACACUGAUCAAACAAAGUCAGCAGAAGUCGUCCUCAGAGAAAAGUCGCAGUAAGAAGGGCAAAGAGUCGAGGCCCAGGGUGAAGAAGCUCAAAUACCACCAGUAUGUUCCUCCAGACCAGAAGCAGGAGACCAGCGAAGAACCAAUGGACUCCUCUUAUGCCCGACUACUGCAGCAACAGCAGCUGUUCCUCCAGCUGCAGAUCCUCAGCCAACAACAGCAGCAGCACUACAACUACCAGACCAUUCUACCAGCACCACUCAAACCUGUGGCAGAGGGUCAGAGCAGCGCUGGCAGCAGCCUGCCAACCUCUAUUGUGGUGUCUCUUCCCACUGCCCCUCCACCUCCCUCGCUCACCACAGCUCGGCCAAAUAAUUCACUGUCAAACCGCAAGCCGGGAGUCUUACCUGCCAACCUGGAGGAGAUGAAGGUGGCGGAGUUGAAACUGGAGCUAAAGCUGCGAAGCCUUCCUGUGUCAGGGACAAAGACUGAUCUGAUCGAAAGACUUAAGCCUUUCCAGGAAAUUCCUGCCACCUCUGCUCCUCCUACCACUACCACCUCCAUCCCCAUGGAGGUCACCACUGCCUCGAACACCAUCACCACCCCUGCCAUAGUUUUCCCUAUCAAGCAGGCGGCUCCAGGGAGCGCGCACUCGACACCACCAGUCUCACCCAAUCCGCCUGAAGCCUCCACCCUACAGCAGGAUGUGAGCAUGUGUGAGGCACCUACUGAAGCACAGACGGUGAGGUGCGGCACAGCAGCUCCAUGGUCUUCACCUCCUCCGUCUAGUUACGUGCCGGAGGAAAAAGAUCGGAGGCUCCAUGAGAAGGAGCGGCAGAUAGAAGAGUUGAUGAGGAAGCUGGAGCAAGAGCAGAAGAUGGUGGAGGCGCUGAAGAUGCAGCUGGAGGUGGAGAAGAGAGGCCAGGGUGGCUGCGUUCCUGACUCUGUAUCUCCCAAACUCAUGAAUACUGUCCCUCCUGUCCUGAAUUCAAAUGUAGUAAAAAUGGAGGGCACGGUUUUGUCAAACUGUUCGUCCACCGCUGCUAGUAUCCCAAACUCUAUCAUAGGCCCCCACACUCUCUCUAGCCCCCGACCAACUAUGGUGAAGUUGGAGGAUGUGACUGUUUCAGCUGGCAAGCCCAUCCAGCUCAUGACAAAAAUCCAGCCCCAAGCCCCGCCCCAAGGAAGCACAAGCCCACAGGUGCUCCAGCACCAACAGAGAAGUCCCAAACUCCAGACUCGGCCCCAGUCCCAGCCCACAGCCGCCAGCCUGCAGCAGUUCUUCAUUAGCCACCAAGGUGGAGUCUCCCAGGUGCUGGGUCAGCCUCAGACCCUUUUAACCACGUCAAGGCAACCUCAGACUCUGCUGACCACUACUGGCCAGGCUGGGACUCAGAUCCUCCUCCCAGUGUCACUUCCCAACAAUGCUACUGCAAUCCAGUUGCCAAGGACCACUGUCAGCCUGCAGCCUGUUCUUCAGGCCACAGUCUCACAUCCAGGUCUGAUACAGGCCUCAGUUCCUCAGCUGCAGAGCACUAAGAUGGACACAGCUCCUAGUCAGCAGAUAGCAGGCCACAACCCAUUGCUUCAGACUCUGACAAUGUGCAAUAAUACUACUGGUUUGGAGAACCAGACUAGACCCGAGAUAAAUCCCCAGAGUUUCCUCAGACGCUCCCCAGAAACCAGGGUCCCUCCACGGGCUUCACCAAACCGCCACAUUGCCAAUGGAUCUCUUCAUAAGUCUCCCUCUCCCCAGCCUGCCUUUAUCCUCCAGCCCACCGCUCUCAUGACUCAGCCUCCAAAGACACGAGAGCCUCCCCGCUACGAGGAGGCCGUCAAACAGCGCCGCAACAUGCACGUCAACAAUGCCUCGCAGGUUCCUACGACAACCAGCCAGCAAAUGGAUGACUUAUUUGACAUUCUCAUACAGAGUGGAGAAAUCACACCAUUCAUCCAGCAGGAGCCCCCAGGGUCUCUCAGUAAGACUUUUCCAGUCACAGCCAGUAUCACCACCCUGCCCGUCAACACUGCCCUCUGCAGACCUCCUCCACAGAUCCAUUUGGCCCCUCCGCCCAGUCUGAGCCCUGUUGUUGACCCCAGCCUGGCCAGCCUCUCCUCUCUGGCUACAGACCAUCAGCUGGAGGACUUUCUGGAGAGGACACUGGCUGACACAUCACCGGCCUCGGACCUGCGCACGCGGGGCCUGAUGGAGGAGCUUCAAGCUCAGCUGAUGGAGCAGCAUCCCUACUCACCCAUGGACACAUCAGACCUGUCCUUCUGCGAUUCCUCCUCACCGCCGUCAAUUAACAUGGGUCUGUCUGACCCGGCACUGGAUAAUAUGGAGUGGCUUGACCUCACCAUGCCGCCUGGACCUGCAGGGGCACUCACACCACUGGGGAUCCCAACAGACUUCCUGGAUACCCAAGAUCUGCAGCUGCACUGGGACUGAUGGAGGACGACAGCUGAGCAGCAUCUGAGCCAGGAGUGAAGGAUGGAUGGAUGGAAAGAUGAAGACAGUGGCAGCCAUAAAAGGGUUUGAGUUUAAAUACUUGGUGAAAAUAUCACUCUUAAUAGUACAUCCAUACCAUCUGUAAUAUUCCCAUUAUACUACAGGAGAGACCUUGCACACGCAGCACACUGAUGAAGCUGAACUACAAGCAGGAUUUAGUCAGCACAGUUUUAAAUGAAGGUCUGAAAUGUCAUCACUAAGGUGAUGGAGAUGAAGGAAUUUUUAACAGAGAAGACUUUCAGUGGCGGUUUACGGAAAGAGGGGAGACAGAGCCAAAUGUAGACAAUUAAGCAUGAACUGUUUGUAAAUACUGUUCACACCACACUAAAACAAGUCCACGUCGAGUCGUGCUGAAGGCUGAGCUUACCCAGUCAUUCCUACCGGAGGUGUUGCUGGUUGGCUUCCCAGUAGCUGUGUUUACAUGUGCAAAAUUUCCAAAAGAUUCCUUUUUCCGAUUGGAGUUUUUAAAAUUCCGUCGUUUGCAUGGACUGCAUGGAAAAUUAAACGAUCGUGUUGUGGUCCGUGUACACGACACAUCCUUCAAGCAUUCCGUCAGAACGGACUAUUUUGACGUUAGCACAGUGUAUAUACGCUGCAUGUGUCCGCUCAUCCUCUCGCUGUCUAUCUCAUUUUCCUCCUCUUCUGCGUCUUUGACAAAACGGAAACACGGCUCAUUUUACCAGUAAGUCCUGAUCGGAUCGCCAUUACAGUACCAGCCCUCUCAGUUGGAAUUCAAUUUGUGUCAGAAUUCCCGAUCAGGCCUUUAUUCUGAUUAAUCGUGUCCAUGUAAACAUAGCUACUGACUCCUGCAUCUGUUUACUGUGUGAGCACAGUAACAGUCCGCAGAUUCAAAGGCCUUUGUCCCACUGAGGCUCACUGUGCCAUACCGGGUUAUAAAAGGUGGUAGUUGCUGUGUUUUAUCUGUGUCUGAAAACAGACGACGGAUUAAAUGUAGUUUGGAUCAAAAUAUGUUGGAUUAUACACUUCAGGUGUUGAAUGUUUCAAGGAUGUAAGUGCAACCGCUUAUCCAAGAAACACUUAAGACUAAACCGGAUUAUAGAAGAUAUUUGAGAAGGUGUUGGACAGUCAUAUAAAUCCGUUACCUUUAUGGUGUAAUGUCAUCUCAGAGGCAACUUUAAAAAAUGUCCUAACUGAGGUCCACACUGGUCCAGCCUCCUACAUACUGUAGAAUGUUUUGUUUCCUGACUAAUCUGAUAUGCUGUAUCAGACGUGACUGUUUUCCUCUGAUUCACCGCGGCCAUUUUGGGUCAAGCCGAUGAACCAGUGACUCUAAAGAACAAAAGACUGGACUCCAGUCGGACGAUGAGAGGAGGCAGCUCCUCCGACCACAAGUUGAGAGCUAUGCACUAAAGAGGCCGAGGGAUAGAACGACGAGCCUCAUUCACCUCAGAGCGAGGAAAUGUGAACUCUGCAUAUCCAAGGUGAUUGUUAAAACAGAGUGAUCGAAACGCUCGAGCGAUACUGCAGUUGUUGGCCAAGUCUCUUACUUUUGAAUGUACUUUUUGAAGAAGAAAAAAAAUCAAAAAACAGGAAUUAACUUACAAAGUUGGCAGCUUUUUUUUUUUUUUGGGUCUGAUAAUAAACUGACAAACAGCAGAAAGGGAACAAAACAACAUUUUACGAGACUCGCAUAUGUAGUAUGUGUUAACUCUGUGACGCUGCAACAAAGAUGUCUUUGGAGAAAAUGAGCUUUAUAUCCAGCUUUCCUAUAAUAUCCCUGCACUUUGUGUACGUAUGUGGGUGGGAAAUAACUGCAACACGAGCCACCAAACGUGACGGUGUAGAUUCCCUGCAGCGGAUCAACUUUAGUCUACUUUACCAGCUUCUUUAACUCGACACCAACCAUCAUUUUGAGGAUCUUUGGCUGGUGAAAUAGUCUGAUGGUGACGCAUCAGCUGCUGCGGCCUGUAGACAAAGUUAGUUUCCUGAUCGUGUGUGUGUGUGAGAGCGAGCGCGAGAGAGAAGUAAGCAUGUUGAUUUAUGGGUGGAUGUGCGUGUGUGUACGUGUGGAAUUGUCUUCCUGUCUCUUGCAUGAACAUCUGUGCGUCUCCGUGUGCAUGAUUGUGUUCACGUUUAAUCUCUGGCUGUUUCUCGCUCCCUCAACAGCCGCCGUCGUAUGACGUCGCUAAUAAUCUAUGAACAUCAAAUUCGUUACGCUUGAUUCUUGCGUAUUCUAUACUUCAGAAGGCUUCUGAUGACUGUUGUAAAUCUGUGUUCAUUCAGUGUGCUACAGUCCAAAACGCACAGACACCUUUGAGGGCUUGUUUCCCUUUUUAAAGUCGUCAUAAAUACUCAGUAUUUUUGUUUUCAAUGGAUUGCAUCAUAUCCCACUAAAUGUUUCCUAUCAACUCUAAAUAAUGACACUGAUUUAUGACGGUCGUCUGGUUCUGUUUUUUGUUUUUUGAUGCAGUCGAACUGUCUGGCACUUUGAGAUAAGAUUGAUUUUUUUUAAAUUCUCUUUUUUAUAUCAGUCAUGUUCAGUGAAAUUCACAUUUUAACCACUUUGUUGUGGACACUAGAGGGCGCUUGUGCUCCAGUUAAUGAUGGCAUGAAGGCACAUUUUCAGUGGUUCUUCAGGGUUGUUUCUGGCAGAAUAAAAUGGGCUAUUUGUCUGUCCUUUUUUUGUUGUUUUCACAUUCUUUUUUUUGCUGUCCAUAUCAGCAAUAAUGUGGAAACCUGAGCUAAUGUGACUGAGAGCCCUUUAUAUCCACACUUUACUGCUGCAUUCACACAUUUAUCAUCAGAUCAGUUGGAUGUGCCCAAACACACUUUGCUGAUAGAGUUGCACCAAAUACUGCACAGACUGGCUUUGUUCUAUGUUUCCACUACAUCUGUUUGUUUCUCCUAAAUUGCUGUGAGUGGUCAGUCCUGCAUAGGAUGAACAUAAGAGUCACGAGUUGAUAUAUGUGUGUGUCCUAUAGAAGAGUUGACACUUGUAAUUGAUUAUCCUCAUUUCUUUGGUUUGUCCAUUUAAAGGCUCAGACGUGAUAUUUUUGUUGCCAAAAGGCAGUGGAACAUAUGUUUUGUUUUUGUUUUUUAGGGUGAAAAAUCAUGUUGUUUUUUUUUGCUUGUGUAAAAUCAGAUUUCAUGUGUAUAUUUUUGGUUUGCUGAGGUUUUCUUCCUUCAUAUCUGACAGAACCGUUUGGCUGCAAUAAAUCUAAUUGAAUUUACUCUUGGUGAGGUGAAGCCACCGACUAUUGGCCAUUGUUGUUGCUGACUGGUCAGACGGGGACAGCUGAAGGCAAUAACAGGUGCUCUCCCUUGAUAUACUGUACUGUAUGUCAAAUCCUGCCUUGGUUUUUAUUAACGUAGGAGCCUUUACUGCGUACAGAGUAAUAUAUUCGUGUCUAAUUUCAAAAACAUGUCAUAUCUGAGUGCUUCAAUUUGAAUAACCCAACAUCAGCUUUUCUGUUCCUGCUUGUCCUCAUUUGCCCGCCACCCUUCACUGUCACGUGAAUACUGUACAUUGUCAGGUGGAGCAGCUCAACACUAUAAUAGAGCUUAGUCCAACGUGUUUAUUUACAAGGUUCUCCGCCCUAGUCCGAUCAAUUACACGCUUCUUUGUAGCCUAGUCUAUUCUCUAUAUUCACCACCCCAUGCCAUGCCUCUUGUCGUUUGUAAUGCCAUAUGUUUUGCACAUUGUGUACAUAUUUAUAUAGAUGCAAUGCAUAUUUUUAUACAUGCGUGUAACAUCCGUGGGCUCUCUAUUUUGUAAAUACUCAAAAAAAGAUGUACUGUAUGCCUUUAUGUGUCAAUAAAAUUUGGUGUACUGUGAAUGCAUUUUCUGAAGUUAAUUACAGAAUAAAUGACAUCCAGACAAAUGA